UGCUCCGGCUUCUGUAAGCGGAGCGCCGGGGACACUUGCUGCGGAGACAAGAGACAAGAGACCAGAGACCAGAGAGAGUGGACGAAGCUCUGGACAAACAACAACAAGAUCACUUUCACUCGACCCACAAACAUCCCAACAUGUCUUCAAAGUGCCCCAAGUGUGACAAGACGGUGUAUUUCGCUGAAAAGGUGUCAUCACUGGGGAAGGACUGGCACAAGUUGUGUCUCAAGUGUGACCGCUGCAACAAGCUCCUGAACGCUGGAGGCCACGCUGAGCAUAAUGGACGGCCCUACUGCCACAAACCGUGCUAUGCUGCCCUCUUUGGGCCAAAAGGUGUGAACAUUGGUGGCGCCGGCUCUUACGUGUACGAUACUCCAGCCAACAACAACGCGUCUGCUACUAGCGUGGAUUCAGCCCCCAAAGCUGAGGAGAAACGAGUGUUCGCCCCCAAGGCAGCACCGAAAGCAGCUGGCAGCAUCACCACCUUUUCAGGAGAGGCCAACCUGUGUCCCCGAUGCAGCAAGAAGGUGUAUUUUGCUGAAAAGGUGACAUCGCUGGGUAAGGACUGGCAUCGACCCUGUCUGCGCUGUGAGAGGUGCAGCAAGACUCUGGCUCCUGGCAGCCACGCAGAGCAUGACGGCCAGCCCUACUGCCACAAACCAUGCUAUGCUGUUCUCUUCGGGCCCAAAGGCGUGAACACUGGUGGUGUUGGCAGCUACAUCUAUGAAAAGGAGCCCAGUGCAGUGACCCAGCCUUGAACCUUUUUGUCCCCUCAGCUUCACCCCUCUUCUCUACACAACACUGACCAUCAAUCACAGUAUUAUUUGUAGCCUUCCUCCCACCUUGUGCGUUCAUACCUGAGACAACCAACAACCUUUUCUCCUUUAUUCUGACCCGCUCCCAGCUGAUUUAGCACCACGAGGAUAUAUGUAUUUGCUCCGGGAGAGCCGUUAUUCCCACAGGUUGUUACAAAUAACUGCAACCAUUUUUUUUGCCACAUUUAAUAAAUGUACAUGAACACAUUAGAUGUGACCACAGUAAAAUACCAAGGUCUUAUAUUUCAAUUUUGUACCCUGAAAACAGUGUGAUUGUGAAAUGCGAUGAGAAUGAUUCCGGGUGUGGGAAGGUGCAUUGUGGGUAGAGGUGCAGCGCGUUGAGGAAUUUACCUACUGCUGCAGGUACAGGCGGUGCUAAGAAGGGGCACGUUGCCAACAAAUCUGUAUUUUACAAAUGCCAUAUUUACAUUUUGGCUGCCUGACAAUAUUCCUUAUGUAAGAAAAAAGUAAAAAAGGUGGGAAGUGGAUCUCUCAGGCGACUGUUACGUGAUUUUCAACACAUCCAUGAGGCUGUAUUGAGUCAAAAUGAAUUUAAUAACCUCUUUAAUGUCAAAAAUCUGGAUAAUGUGCUAAUAAAUAACACACAUUUUUUAAAAUGAGGCAGAAUGACGUUUUGCGGAGGGAGGGCUGUGGUUUGCCAGAACAGAAACAUGUAUUUAUUGCUUCAAAUCAAGUUGUUUAAAUUUAAUUUGCCAUCGUACUACUACCCUUUAUGGGAAUGAUUAUGAAGGAGGUCAAACAAGGCAAUGUAAACUGUAUAAAUCUCUAAGAUCAACACGUUUAUGGUUAAUUUCAAAUAAAUAACCCUGCUGUUAUUUUCCGAGAGAUGACGCACUAUUUGAUAUUUAAAUUUUGGCUGCCUGAAAAUAUUCUUUAUGUAAAAAACAAAGUCCCAACAUAUUAUAAAAAGGUGGAAAAGUGGAUUUCUCAGGCGACUGUUACGUGAUUUUCAACACAUCCAUGUGGCUGUAUUGAGUCAAAAUGAAUUUAAUAACCUCUUUAAUGUCAAAAAUCUGGAUAGUGUGCUAAUAAAUAACACAGAUUUUGCGGAGGGAGGGCUGUACUUUGUCAGAACAGAAACAUGUAUUUAUUGCUUAAAAUCACGUCAUUUAAAUUAAAUUUGCUAUCGUACUACUACCCUUUAUGGGACUGAUUAUGAAGGAGGUCAAACAAGGCAUUGUAAGCUGUAUAAAUCUCUACGAUCAAGAUUUUUAUUGUUAAUUUCAAAUAAAUAACCCUGCUGUUACGUUCUGAGAGAUGACGCACUAUUUGAAGUAUUUCUUUUUUUGCCAUUAGCAGAAACAGUAGCUUAGCUUGUAGAAAACGCUGCAGACAAGUCAUUCUGUAAGAAUGUGCAUCCUAGUAUUAUUGUACGACUGUUACUGUGUUUGUUUAAUACCUGUUGUACGCCGUAGGGCCUCGUAGACGCCGCAGGGCUCACUGUUUGUAGAGCUGAAACGCUGCACUUCAGCCCUGCCGCAUUCGUCUUUUUAAUCCCUUGAAUAAAUAUUUCAGAAACUCUUCAUCUGUGUUAUUACAAUUAUUAUUCCAGCAGACUUUUGAACUCCUUUUUGUGUUCAUGAAUUGCAAUAAACAAAACACUACAUGUCA